AUGAUUUACUCUUUCCGUUGGGACAAUCCCGAGUUCAGUGAGUAUACCCGGCUUAUCGACCGUUUUGCUGACAAUGAAGAACGUUCAGGCCGGGAUUUCAACGUGGUUGGGACUUGUAACGGGCUCGUAUGCCUUUCCUUAGGUUACAAUAAACUAAGAAUUUGGAAUCCCGUUAGAAAGUUUGUGAUUUUGCCAUGCCCUAUUUCUGAGUAUAUAGCUAGGUAUGCCUUUGGCUAUGAUUCGCGUAACAAGCAGAGAGUGGGUUGGUCCUUAGCUCGGGGCUCGUGGAAGAGUCUUGGAGUUGGAAGUACUGGUCGAGGCUUUUUAUCUGAACUCAUCCAGCAGCCUGUUUUUGUCAAUGGUGCUCUGCAUUGGGUUCAACUCAAUACGAUGAAAGGGGAAAAUGGAAUUAUGUCGUUUGAUAUGGUGAGUGAAUCGUUUGGCGAGACUAGGGUUCCCCAAUGUGUGACAAAAAUGCUAAUGUGUACCUUAAGACAUGAGGAGAACCUUGCCUUGCUUACAUGGGAUUCUGCAAGCGUAUACCAUCUUUUUUCUUAUGACAUCUGGGUGAUGAAAGAGUAUGGUGUCAGGAAGUCGCAGUGCUCGCCAUCAAGAAUUUAUAAUAAGGCCAUUAUGCUGGAGAAAUAG